AAAAAUAUGACGUUCUUGUUCUAUUUUGCUAUGUUCUUUCUGCUCUUAAACGCUUUCACAAUUGCACAAUCUUUGAUCCAAGAUUUUUGCAAGAAAGCUGCAGAUAAAAACCCGAAGAUUCAUUACAACUUCUGUGUCAAGUCUCUCGAAGAGAAUCCACAGAGCAAAACUGCACGUAGUCUUGACAGGUUGGUCAUGUUAUCCACGAAAAACGCAGUGUCGAAAACAACAAGCAUGAAAGGAAUUGUGGACAAGAUUCUCAAGGAGAAUAGAUUUGAAAUGUAUAGUGAGAAACCAUUACGUGAUUGCCUCGAACUUUAUUCGGAUGCUACAAAUUCCUUAAAGGAAGCUCUAACGAUCAUUAAGUCGCGUGAUUAUAAAACCGCUAACGUGGUUAUAAGUGCUGCAAUGGGUGCACCACCUAGUUGCGAAAUUGGAUUCAAAGAAGGAAAAAAACCUCUCAAAUCUCCAUUUACAAAAGAUAACGAUGUUUUGUUUUAAAUGAUUUUGAUUCCUUUUGCUUUUACAAAUAUGCUGAAAUGAAACUACAUGUGCAAGUGUUUUUUUGGUAUGAACAUAUGCAAGUGUAUUUUUAGGAAUCCUACGUCUCAAAGAGAACAUUUAACGUAGUAAAAGUAUAUAAAUGACAUGGACUAAUUUACUC